GAAGAGGAAAGAAAAGAAGAGACAAAAAUGGAGUUUUGGAAGCUUUUCUUUGUUGCAUUAAUGCCAGUUUUGAAAGUGUUGCUAAUUACUGCAUUGGGAACAAUUCUUGCAAUUGAUCGCUUUAACAUACUCGGACAAACUGCCAGGAAAAAUCUGAACACUAUGGUAUAUUUUGUCUUUGCUCCAGCUCUACUUUGUACCAGCUUAGCUGAAACAAUAACUCUAGGAAGUGUGGUUAGACUGUGGUUCAUGCCUCUCAACAUUCUUCUUACAUUUGUUAUUGGAACAGUUCUUGGAUUGUUACUUGUUAAACUAACCAGAGUUCCUAAUCAUCUCCAAGGCCUUGUUUUAGGGUGUUGUGCAGCAGGAAAUCUGGGAAAUUUGCCAAUAAUUAUAGUUCCUGCAGUGUGUAAACAAAGUGGCAAUCCUUUUGGAGAUGUGAAAGUUUGCACCAAAAAUGCAUUAGCAUAUGCUUCUCUAUCAAUGGCGUUAGGAUCAGUUUACACCUGGUCUUAUGCAUAUCACCUUGUUCGAUUAUAUGCAUCAAAAUUUUGCAACGAAGCCAAAAUUGCAGAAAAUUCCAUGGUGAAUCCAAUGUCCAUAACAAAAACUGACCCAGAGAACCCUUCAACAUGUUCCACAGGAUUACCAUUUGUCAGUGUUGUUGGUGAUAAAUCACAAUCUCAAGAUCAUGUCAAGAACUUGGAAAUCCACUAUACAGAUGAUGGAAAAACAAGGGAGGCACAAAAAGGGGAAAUGAUGAUGGAAAAAGUGAAAACAUGGGUAAAAAAAAUCAACCUGAAGAUUCUAUUCACACCCUCCAUAAUUGGGACGAUUGUUGGUUUAAUAAUUGGUGUAGUUCCUCAAUUUCGAAGAGUUCUAAUUGGAGAUAAAGCUCCUCUUCGUGUGGUUGAGGACACUGCAGUGAUGGUGGGGUAUGCAUGCAUUCCACUAGUGACUUUGUUGGUUGGAGCAAAUCUUAUCAAAGGUUUGAAUGGAGUUGGAAAGCAAUUUACAUUGAUUGUUGGAAUUACUGGGAUGAGAUGCAUUAUCUUACCAGGAAUUGGUGUAGUCAUAGUUAAAGGAGCUAUUCGUUUAGGGUUAAUCCACCCUGAUCCAUUGUAUCAGUUUCUUUUGCUACUUCAGUUUGCACUUCCUCCUGCAGUAUCACUCGGUACAAUCACUCAAUUAUUUGGAGCUGGUGAGGGUGAAUGCUCAGUUAUAAUGUUUGCAACUUAUUCUUGUGCUGCAAUUUCAGUAACACUUUGGUCUACAUUUUAUAUGUGGCUUGUACUAUAG